CCGCAUAUUAGCAGCUCCACAAGCGCAAGACUGAGCGGAUUAGAGCCACCUCUCUUCGGCAACCGACACUACCUUAAUUCAAUAAAGCUAGCAUUGGCUAACGGCCGGACAGUGGGAUUUGUGGGUAAUUAGUAACGAGGGCCAUCCAAGUCAGAAGCUCACAAAGUGCCUCACUCAAAGCCACCGUUCGCCCAUCAAUUAUAGAAAGCUGAAUACUGCAAGGCUAGUGACCUAGAAGUUGCACUUCCUACGUGGUCGAAAACCACAGAAUAUCAAGCAGUACGGCGACUCGCCUUAGCAAAUGUGCAUGUCACCGCACGUGCCAACUGUCUGACCUAGCGGAAGUUGGCAUGUAAAACAGCUUUCUACCAGAUGAGCGUCACCUCAAAGUCAUAAGACGACAAAUCUACUUGAUUCGCAAAACAAAACACGUUUACGAAAACCCACGCACAACUAUUAGUCUUCGAUGCCCUAGAAAGUAAGAUGAAACAAACCCACGUGUCACACCGCGUGGAAUCUAAAGGCGGGCGUGAACAAAACGCAUGCGCAUUUGCUUUCGAUUUGACGAAUGGCUAGGAGUCUCACGGUGAGAUCGCUUGAUGAAUAGACGGAAGUAUUGAGAAACAAUCCGUAUCCGCAUUCAUUGCAACGUGAAGGAAAAUCAUGCUUUUUUGUAAGAGGCCCCUAUGGGGACAUCUAAGUGUCAUCAACUUACUUCAGUCUCAAUUCGUACGCUGCACUACAGCACAACACGUUGAACGACUAUACGUAACUAAGAAAUACUCCAGUUGUCGGACACGAUUAUUUACGUGGAGAAACGUGCUGGCAGAUGCUGCUCGUCAACGGCAACGCCCACUGGCAACCAACGCAUCCACUAGUCUUCUGCGUGAUGAGAAAAUUCGAGCAGCCAGAGUCGUACUAAUCGAUGAGGAAGGUAAAACGGUCGGAGAAAUGAAGAGGGAGGAUGCGCUCAAUCUCGCUCAUUCGCGGGCAUUGCAUGUGGUACAGAUGACAACAAGAGACAACACAUUGCCUGUCUGUCGAUUAAUGUCUAAGGCAAAGAUUUGGGAACGAGACAAAAAAGCAAAGAAAAGUGAGCGUAAGAACCAUGCAGGUUCAGAAACAAAGGAACUAAAAAUGUCAUCAAAAAUUAGCGAUCAUGACCUGGCAGUCAAACUAAAGCAGAUUGUGAGGUUUCUGGAAGAGAAGCGUUCUGUUUUAGUGACGAUUUACACAACUAAAAGAAUCCACAAUAACCGUGCUGCUAGUGAAGAAAGAAUGAGCGUCAUGGAAAAAAUAACAGAAAGAAUUGAAGGGAAAGGAUUAGUAGACGAAAACAUAAAGUUGAAUGCUCAAGGAGGAAGAGCCCUCAUAUUUAGACUAAAAGCAAGUGUUUCUCACAAACAAAGGACAGAUUCUAAUCACGUUGCGAACUCCAAUGAAGCACCAAAGAACUAAGAAUCAAUGAUUAUUGUGUCAGAAAGUGUCAUAUAUAGCUAGAGCUAUUCUAUUGGUGUAAUAUAUUUUUGAAACACUCUUUUAUUCCUUUAACGCAA